AUUUCCUUAAAAGGAAUUAUGAAUUAUUCCACUGCUCUCACCCAUAUAUGAUAUUUUCACUCACUAUUCAUCAUAUAAUCAUAUCUGCACAGUGAUAGAAUCAAAGCUAUGGCUUCAAACUCUCAACACCAUAUCGUGAUGUUACCCUUCAUGGGUCAGGGCCAUUUGAUACCCUUCUUGGCUUUAGCGAGGAAAUUCCAAGAAACAGCCGCCUUCAAACUCAUCACCAUCGCCUCCACCCCUCUCAAUCUCCAGUAUCUCAGAUCCGCCAUUGUUGCACAAGGAUUAGAAGAACAGAGCUCUGGGAUCCGCCUAGCAGCCCUCCCCUUCAACCCCACAGACCACGGGUUACCACCCAACGGGGAGAACACGGAGGCCUUGGCUUUGAAAGACAUCGGGCAGCUUUUCACGGCCUCCACUUCGCUUGAAUCCCCUUUUCGCGAUCUGGUUUCUGAAAUAACUGCGGAAGAAGGGAAGCCCCCAGUGUGCAUAAUCUCUGAUAUUUUCAUGGGAUGGGCUAAUAGAGUUGCGGAGUGGGUUGGGAGUGUUAGUGUUAAUUUCUGCACUGGGGGGUGUUAUGGCUACGCCGCAUAUGUAUCCUUCUGGGUUCAUCUUCCCCACCGCUCAGCCAAGGAAAACGACGGUGAGUUCGCCAUGCCGGGUUUUCCUGAGUCAACUCGCUUCCAUACUUCUCAGCUUCACCCCUUCAUGAGAGCUGGAAAUGGGAGCGAUUCAUGGUCGUUGUUCUUCAGGCAAAAUCUUGCACUUUCUAAUUCCUUUGGGUGGUUAUGUAAUACAGUUCAAGAAAUUGAACCCACAGGGUUCCAAGUUCUCAGGAACAUCUCAAAAUCUCCUGUUUGGUGUAUUGGGCCUCUUCUCCCACCAGGGAUGCUUAAAACCUCUCCAGUUUCAGGCUUGAUUGGGAGAAAUUCAGGAAGAGAACCCGGACUCUCACCGGAAAAAUGCAUUGAAUGGUUGAAUAAACACCCAGAGGGAUCAGUUCUUUACAUUUCCUUUGGAUCCCAGAACACCAUUAGUGCUUCUCAGAUGAUGGCAUUAGCCUUGGGGCUUGAAGACAGCCAAAAACCAUUCCUCUGGGUGAUCAGGCCCCCUAUAGGCUUCGACAUAAAAGGCGAAUUCCGACCCGAAUGGCUGCCGGAGGGGUUUGAGGAAAGAAUGGGGAAGAAUCAACAGGGAAAAGUAGUCCAUUCCUGGGCACCACAGCUGGAGAUUUUGUGCCACAGAUCAGUAGGGGCAUUCUUGAGCCACUGUGGAUGGAACUCUGUGAUGGAAAGUUUGAGCCAGGGGAUUCCGCUAAUCGGGUGGCCAUUGGCAGCCGAGCAAGGAUUCAAUUCCAAGAUGUUAAUGGAGGAAAUGGGAGUCUCCGUAGAGCUUUGCAGAGGGAGUCAAAGCAGCAUCAGUAGAGAAGAGGUGAAGAGUGUUGUUGACAGAGUUUUGGAUAAAGAGGGGAAAGGAAAGGAGAUGAAGAAUAAAGCAGUUCAGAUUAAGGAGUUGAUUAGAAGUGCUCUCAAAGAAGAUGGAGCUAAAGGAAGUUCUGUUCGAGCUAUGGAUGAUUUUGUAACUACCAUCCUAGGUAGGACAAAUGUGUAGACUUUCCUAGAACAUCAGUGAAUCAAUACAAUAAAAUAACUUUAAGUAACAUUUUUUAAUAGAUA